AACGGCCUGGGCUUCUCUGCGCCUACACAGCCCUCCCUCCUACGCCGUCUUCUGCUUCGUCCAGCAUAACCCCCAAAACCACCUCACCCGAGAGAACAGGCGGCGGCGGCGGCGGCGGCAUCGGGCAAGAUGAUCAAGAGGCGCUACUUCAGGCAAGACCACGGCGACAAUAGCGCCUCCUCGUCCUCCUCCUCGUCGGGUUCAGAUUCGGACCGCGACCCCGCGGAAGAAGAGGUCUCGGAGGAGGAAGUAGAAGAGGAUCAAGAACAAGUAAAAGAAGAAGAAGAUGAUGAUGAAGAAGCGGAGGUGGAGUCGGGGGAAGAACAGGAAACGGAAGUAGAUGAGCAGGCGGAAGAUGAGGGUUCAGGAUACCAAAGUGAGGAUAGCUCUGGACAUCAUGUUGAUAGUCCUUGUGCAGAUGAGAACAGCAGUCUGGUGUAUGAACAAUACCAAGCAAUCAGUUUGCCUGUUAAGAAAGCAUCAAGUGGUGAUGCUGAUUCUGCCAAAGGUGCUGUUAACAAGGAUGACGCUGUUGAGGUCGAUUUCAGUAACUACAUUCUGAAGUGCAAAUCUGUGUAUAAGUGCAAGCUUUGUCCCAGAAUCAUGUGCUUAAGUGAGGAGAUGGUCAGGGUACAUCUUGAAUCAAAGAGACAUGCUCGAUCAAAGAAACUACUGGGAGAAGGUAGGCUUAAGAUGGUGCUCAACAGUGAUGGUGAGCUGGAGGAGGAGGCAGAGACACAUGCUGAACGACAUGCCCGAACUAUAGCUCUUGCUCAGCAAGUACAAAAGCCCAAGAAGGAUUCAGGCAGGCAGCGACAAAAUCGGAGAAGACAGAAGAGGUCGCAGAAUCGUCUCAAGGACAAAGACCAGAGACACAACUCUGGAAAGGAAGGUGCAAGGCCGAACAAUGGAACUGCUGAUAAGAAAAUACCGAAUAUUGAAACUGCUGCUAAGAAAAUGCCGAAUCUUGAAACUGCUGCUAAGAAAAGGCGCAAGACUGAAAAAUAAGUGGGUGCUGCAGAAAUAUUUCUUGCGUGUUAUUUCUUCCUAUAUUGUUGUAAUUUUUAGGAGCUUUCUGCGGUUUUACUGCUUCUGUUUUGCCUUCCUUUUUGAUCCAAGUGUAGCUGAUGAAAGCUGAGAGAUUAAAUUGAAAGGAAAUACGACAACUAGAAAGUGGACAUCUAAUCGUGCAUGCAACUUGUUAUAAGUUUGCUAUUCCCUCCGUCCCAAAAUAUAAAAUCAUUUUUGACACUAAGUCCUAAUAUAUAAGAUCAUUUUUUACACCAUCGAUAGUGUCAAAAAUGAUCUUAUAUUUUGGGACGGAGGGAGUAAUUUGUAAGGUUUGACACGGUUGAAGUUUCACCCUCGUAUGCUGCUCA